CCUCCUCCUAGUCGUACCAUAUCACAAAUACCGGCGUAUAUAUCCCCACAUAAGGCAAUGACAUUAUAUCGCCAAUCAUUCAACCACAUAUCGUCGUCUCUGACUAUACGGGCGCCGAAGACUAAAUUAGGACCGUGCAUGUACCAAUGAGAUUAACAUGCUAUAUUUACAAGCACAAGGCUGAAGCAGAGCUGAGUUUCCAGCGUUUCGCCUUUGUUGCGAACCAAUCAAUCACACAAUAUUAUGCGCCGUCGCGAAGUCAAAGCUCGCGAUCGUGCCUUGAGACCUUUCUCGAUAGAUGGGCUUCCCAUCUCUAUAUAAAGAUGCCGUUUAUAGUUACCAGCUGUCCAAGGAACGAGAUUCUCUUUUGAGAAACCAUCUUCUUCUUUCUUUUCGACUGCAAACUCGAAGGUUUUGGACCGCGACACUUCACAUCGAUAUGGCAAACAAUACCGUUUCUCUCAUGGUCUAUUUACAACAUGCCCUACCAGCAAUCCCAAUAAACCCGCCACCACACCCGGGACGCAAUACCACAAACACUGCAGAUGAAGCAGAUGACAUCAGUGGAAUUGCAGUCUGGCAUGGAUUCAACCUGCAGACUAUCAUUCAUCGAUACGGAAACAUUCUUGGACAAACACACCUACCGCCAGAUCCUAUGCCGACUUCACCUCCUCGUGCUAUUACAGCAGGGAAUGCCCUCAGAAGCAAGAUCUACGAAUAUGUCUUUCCCAGAGUACGGCGGGGUCUGCGAGCUGCUUUCAAUACCUUGACUGCAACCAAUCAGAUGAAUGGGCUGACAAGCGUGUCAAUUGAUGUCGGAGAGGCUGCAAAGAUUAUUGAAAAUUAUAAGCCUGAUACUGCCUAUUUUGCAUUAGCACUCCCUGCUGGCACGAGUUGGAACCGCGCCCCUGGUGAUAUAAAACCCUCAUGGAAAUGGAGUACAGCUUUAGCCAACCAUCCGAUGGAUACUUAUCGCGCAGAAUUUCGUCAGGCACUCAGUCAAGUCAAUUGGUAUAUGAGACAACAUCAUUCACGAUAUGGAUUCAUUCUUACCAACCAGGAAUUGGUUGUUAUACGACGGUUGGAUAACCAUGGUAAUCUGGAGCUUGCACCUCCAAUUCCAUUCACUGCGGGGGGAACCGUUGCGCAACCACGGAUGACUGUCCUAUUGGCAUUAUGGUACCUCGGAAUGCUUGCUGCACAGGACCAAGGAGUUGACCGCUGGGAUAUGUGAUGUAAACGCAGGGAUACUGUACUCCAGCUCAUUUCACGACUAGAUUUCCUUCUUCAGGGAUUGUAAUAUUCUAUUCUAUUUGAAACUCUCCAUGGAUUUCAUGGAUUUUACAUAUAGUUCUCAGAAGAUUCUGAACAGACAGAAACGAUCCCUAUAACCACCACUUCUGUUAAUGCGCUCAAAGGAACAGACAAUGGAUCUUGUUUAAGCCCAAGGCAGCCACUAUUAGGUAAUAAUGUAAGCAGACUGCUUCCCGAGUAGAUAGAUAGAUACAGAUGCAAUUCAGUUAUGCAGACCUGUGGACCGGAGUGCAAAUAUCAAAUUAACUUUGGAAGACUGGGGUAGAGUCUGCGCAAUGUCUUCAGAGGGCAUUGGUUACUUAUAGUGC